GUAUGUGUGUAUCACAUGCAGACGUAUAUACACCACAUGACUAGCGAUUGUAUGUCGAUAAAGACGUAACAUAAAUACAUAUACGAUUCAUUAUGCAGGCACAUUCAGAUAUUUCAAUGAUACGUCCAUGUCGGUAAAGCCCAUCUAUGGCUUGGACAGAUUGUGGAAGCUACAAAAUGAAAGGGGUUAGCGCUAUGACUAGUAGACCCGGUGAAAGAUGAUAUCGGCGUACUCACACUUCCUGAUGGAGCAGCUUCAGUCUUAAGACAGUGGAGAUGCCGACGGUUGUGACACAGUUUCAGGCGUAAAAAGCAGACAUAAAUCACGCUUAUCUUACGGUACGAGACGGGUGGAGACUUUGUACCUGUAGUAUUGGUGGUAGACGUACACACCAGUUGGAGAGUCCAUGGUCGAUAUACGGAUGUAAACGAUUUGAAAACGCAGAUUUAUGAAAUGACUGAUAUUGAGGGGAAACCGGCUCAUGUGAGCAGUUACACAGACGACAGGUCAGGCUGAGUUGUGAAUGAAGCUCGUCUUGGUUCUCACAAUGCCGAAGAAGACUCCCCAGGUUGUUCCCCCUGAAACUGUCGCCAAGCCGAACCUGCAGUGGGAAGUUGGAGCGUAUUCCUUGGAGGACAUUCUACAGAAGUACCCGCUCCCUCGUGUUGUACAGUGUGCCUAUACACUUAAUGAUGACAUAUCCACGGAGCAAUCAAACUUUGAUUUUCUUCAGCCUCUGUUGUUGUACCAGAAGCGGGUGUGUAACAAGGUGACAGCAACCAGUCUUAAUACUGAUCCUCAAACUGGGAACACUGUAGAGGUUGGGGAUCCUCUACUCAUACCUGAAGACUACAAAGGAUGGUUUGCAGUUAAACUGACGUCUUUUGAGAAGCCUAUUCCCCACUAUCGGAAGGUGGCGAACCUUGCUUCUUCGGAUUGUGAUAUGUUUCUGAUUGGCGGAGAACACGAAGUACAAGCAGUGCAGAUACAGAGAACUGAUGGUUCCCCACAACCAAGAGUCCUCUACCCCGGCGAUGUACUCCGAAUGGGCCACUUGUACGUGGCCACAAGCAAAGUGAAAAAAUCCAUAUUUUCAAAAUCGGUUACACUUGAAAAGAAAUUUGUGUUAUGUUUAGACCAGGCAGACCGAGAAGUGAUGCUGCCCUUAGAUGCAGCGGGUGUUUUCUACAUCGUGAAGUACAAGAACACACACAAACAGUCUAUAAUGCAGAUUAAAGAUAUCAUAGACACCCAGCCAUUACCCUGUAAGGUGAAGUUGGUGUAUGGACGAGUACCACUGACCCCAUGCAUAUUUACCGGAGUUUUGAACUUAAACGAAUUUCAUCUUGACACCUCAGCCAUCGUUUCUUCAGUGUUCAACCUGAGGAAUAUACUGCUUGAAAUUCCAACCAGCAUUCCUCUGAUGUUCAGAGUAGCCAAGCCUGACAGUUCGCUUAUAAACAGCAGAGGCUAUACAAACGCGUUUGGCCUGUGUCAAGAAAAUGCAGAAAGAUAUAUGAGGAAUAUUAAAGUAGCUCAGAGUUUACCCACGGAAGAGAACAGAAACCAAUCUACACCUCCUGUUUGUCGAAAUAAACAAAUCGGUGAAACGUCUGCAGUGCCAAAAUCUGAUGCUGUUAUUGUUGAUUCUAAAGGAAGCGAAACCACACACAAAUGUUCUCCACCCACAGAGGUCAAGCCUCUUUCAAAAGUCCUUCCGAAACCACAGAAGCCUACUGGAAGUAUGCCUGACAUUCUAGCAAGUCAUAACGUGACACCCGCUGUUCUACCUAGAACACCACUAAACCCGACAACACCUCACCCUGCUAAGUUGCGGCAACAUGAAGAACGGAACCUAGACGCAGCAGUUGGAUUUAGUCCCGCACCUAAAUUAGUAGUUCGUUCCACACCAGCACCCAGGAAACCUGCUCCCCCUCCUCCCUCCAACAAACCGAAACCAGCGACCUAUGAGUCUGUGUGGAUUGAACCAAAGUCUACUACACCACCUUCUACUCCACCAUUUACUUCACCGUCUACUCCACCAAAGUGCGGUUCUGGUUAUGUUCAUCCAAAACGACCUCAAAAGGUUCAAACAAGGAAGACAAUAAGAAUAAGUACAACCAAUGGCUAUCUGACUGUCCCAGUGUAUUUGGAUAACGAUGAUUCCGAUUCUGACGAGGUCAUGAACCUAGCAGACAAAAUUAACUUGUGGCAGCGUGAAAACAAAUCCGACCAGAGUACUUCCAGUGCGGGCCAACUAGACACUUGUGUUGAUGGACUUAAAGCAGGAAGGGCGGGAAGUUUUACAUACUCUGAAACAGGUGGCCCGGCUAACAGAGGUGAAGCAGCAACGAUACCACCAAGAGCAGAGCAUGUGAUGGUGUAUGAAAACAUACAAAGUCUCCGGAAACUUAAAUUGGGUAGCAGUGGCAGUGAUGAAGAAGCUCUGGCUUCACCUUCCAAAUAUUCAGAGCAUUUGGUCGAUGGUAUCAAGAUAGAACUCGAGAAUCCUGAUAGGCCGGAAAUAGGUACUGAUGAGGAUCGAUCCAUCAAUAAAUGGAAGAAGAAUCAGAUUCCUGUCCCUCCCCUCAAACCAAAGAAACAAAAGGAUGUAUCUUAUUCUAGGGAAGUGCAUCAGGUAAAAACAGAGGAUGUGAUUUACGAAUCACCUGAUGAAAGGAAACAUGUUUCUUGUUCACGGCCUUCUAAAUUUAGAAUUCACCAAAGAAAUGACGUUUACGAACCCGUUGAGCAAAUGUGGCAGAAGAAGGGAGAAACGGGUUUCCAACCUUUGAGGUCCAGCACAGAUGAUGUGGUGUAUGAAAGUCCUGAUGAUAUUUUUUUGGAGCCGGCGGAUAGUCCAUCACCGACCGUCGUGACAGAGGAUGUUAUGUAUGAAGCUCCUGAUAAUAUAAGGCAAGGGAAGUGUAUUUCUCUGUGUGCAGACUCGGGAAUCAGCAUAAUGGACGAAGGGGCAGAUAAGGAUUCCACCGCUGUUGCAAUGUCUGCGACAGAAGUGCAUGACAAGUUGAAGCAGGCAGGUGGCGUCAAGCAAAAAAACACUGGCUCUCCUGUUAGGCAAUAACAUAGACGGUCGUGAACUGUCUGCUAUGGGUGAAGAUGGCUUGCAGCUGAGAUUUCCUUCCAUUUCAAACAUUGAAAAGAGAAUGAUCAAUUUAUUUAUGCAAAAUUGUAAAACUGGGGUGUUUAAAUUGUGACACCAUUCUUUGGCGUGCUGACUUACACAGAAUUACGUAUACAGUGUGUGUGAGUUAGGGUACAGCCCUGCCUUAGACAGUAUUCAGCUUAAUAUUGGAGGAAACCCAAAAUGAUGCACGUCACGUCACGUUUAACACUAUGUUGAAGAGCAAGAACACGGGUAUACUGCUGAGAAAUAUAGAGAGUGAUAUAAUCGGGGUGGACCAGGAUUCGAACACACUUUUACAAGUUUCUGGCUCGCCAAGGGGAUACAACUCUGCACAGCAAACAGCUUGAAUAUCCUGGUAUACAACGUUGUUUUAUGGUCGCUAGGAAUUAACAAACAACGAAAUGUUAUUCUAUAGUGGUGUGUUUGAAACCCGUGUCCUAGUUGUGUACCUUAAGUAUGCAGUAUUUACAUCCUAGUCUUUCAAUCUCCUAUUCAUCAAAUCUCCAUUUCACAAGUACAUGCAUAACUCUCAUAUAAUUUCCCAACCGUACACUUUCUUUUACUGACUUUUUACUCAGCGGUGCGGUAGCCAGUCAAGCCGAAGACCCGGGUUCGAUUCCCUACAUGGGCACAAUAUGUGAAGCCCACUUCUGGAGUCCCCCAGUCGGGAUAUUGCUGAAAUAUUGCUAAAAGUGGCGUAAAACCAUAUUCGCUAGCUCACUCUUUUACUCGGCAGUAUAUCUGAGUCACGAUCACUCAUUCACUCACAUCUAACAUUUUAACAGUGGAUAAAACAGAAACCCUUUCCAUAUUGAUAAGAAAUAUCCGCCAAAAGCAGAGUGGAUUAUAUCAUAGCGAAUGUAUCAUGAGCAGGUGUUCUGAAUCACUGUUCGCAAAACCCCUAAAGAUUCAGAACUUGUGUACAUUUGCUGGCUUCUAUUUGUUUCUGAAUAAAAUGGCGAAAAUGAUA